ACCGUUAGCAUACUUGUAGUUUCACAAGCAGUCGACUCACCUUGUUGAGUUACUGGUGUAAAUGGCGUUAUAACAGAACACAGACAUUUUCUUCAAUGGCGUCUUUGUGGUCAAAGAUCUCAGCUUCUCUACCGGUUAAUGAAGAACAGUUUCCACUUCAGUUUGGUGAUAAAGUGGAGUCAAGUGUGUUGGAAAUGCUGAAAUGGUCCAGACAACAGCUUUACAGCAACACAACAAGUGCCAGCCGAAUGCUUAAUGCUCAGAUCAUUUUGGACAUUUCGUGGGAGAGACUCAACACCGGGACGUGGCGCCAUGUGGACAAAGACUGGAGGCGAGUUUACUCCUACGGCUGCUUGUUCAAAGUGGCUGCACUGUGUCAAGGAAACCCAUCAGAGAAUGACGUCCUGCAGGCUGUCAAGACUUGUGACAUGGGUUUACUCAUGGGUGCAGCCAUCUUGGAUAACAUACUUCAGGUUUUCGUUAGGAUUCUGCACAGAGAAUUGAGAAACACUUCUAAAGAAGAGGAUAAAAGUGAAUAUGCUGAGACAAAGAGAAUAAAGAUUGUGAACCCGUGUGCGCCUUUAAUCAAAGAAGAGUUGGCAGUUUCCAGAAUUAAGUGUCCUUCACUGGAAAGCUUCAAUGCAAACUACUUGCUUCCUCUCAAGCCAGUGAUUUUAGAACGGAUAAUCGACCACUGGCCCGCCCUCAACAACCAUCCCUGGAGCAUAGAGUACCUGAGGUCUGUGGCCGGCUGUCGGACCGUUCCUGUAGAGGUGGGAUCCAGGUACACAGACGAGGACUGGUCACAAACACUGCUGACGGUCAACGAGUUCAUCGACAAAUACAUUUUGAAUAAAGUUCAGACUUCUCAAAAUGGAGAGAAAGCUUUGGGUUAUCUUGCUCAGCACCAACUUUUUGAUCAGAUACCAGAGCUAAAGGAAGAUAUCCGCAUCCCGGAUUACUGUUGUCUUGGUGAAGGAGAAGAGGAUGACAUCACUGUAAAUGCAUGGUUUGGACCUGCAGGCACAGUGUCUCCUCUUCACCAGGAUCCUCAGCAGAACUUUCUGGCUCAGGUGGUGGGAAGCAAAUACGUUCGGCUGUAUUCCCCCGAGGACACAGACAAGCUUUACCCUCAUCAAUCACAGCUGCUCUACAAUACCAGUCAGGUGGAGGUGGAGAAUCCAGAUGCUGAACGCUUCCCUGAGUUUGCCAAGGCUCUGUAUGUGGAAUGUGUCCUGCAGCCUGGAGACGUGCUGUUCAUCCCCGUCAAGCACUGGCACUACGUCCGGUCGUUGGACGUGAGCUUCUCUGUCAGCUUCUGGUGGUCAUAA